CUCGGCCCGGCCCGGGGGUCCCGGGAUGCUCGGGGGGUCCCGGGGCAGGUCUGGGGGAGGCCGCCCCCGGUUCGGGGGGAUUUGGGGCGGGAAUUUGGGGAAGGAUCCGGGCUGGGUCCGCUCGGGGGAUCCGGUCCCGGCUGCGAUCGGGGCUCCCGGGAGGGUUCGGGGGGCUGGGGAAUCCGGGGGAUUUACUGAAUUUGCGUGGGGGGUUCGGGGUGGUCCCCAAAUGUCCUUUGGGGAUUCGUUCCCCUGGUGGGAUCUGGGCUGGUUUUAUCCUUGUGGGAUUCAUUCAGGAUGGUUCCCAAAUUCCCUUAUGGGAUUCAUUCAGGAUGGUUCCCAAAUUCCCUUAUGGGAUUCAUUCAGGAUGGUUCCCAAAUUUCCUUAUGGGAUUCAUUCCCCUGGUGGGGUUUGGGAUGGUUCCCAAAUUCCCCUGGUGGGGUUUGGGAUGGUUUCCAAAUUCCCCUGGUGGGGUUUGGGAUGAUUCCCAAGUUUCUCUCCUGAGAUUCAUUUCCCCGAUUUUCCUCAUGGGAUUCAUUUCCUUAUGGGAUUCAUUCCCCUGCUGGGGUUUGAGAUGGUUCCCAAAUUCCCUCGGAGGGAUUUGGGAUGGUUCCCAAAUUUCGGGGGCUCUGCUUCACCACGAGUGGGAAACACACGGAGGGAUCACACGGGGCUUCCCUGCAUUAACAUCCCCAUUGAUUUUUCCGGGAAAAUGGGGUUUCUUCCACAAAAAUGGGAUUUCUUCCACAAAAAUGGGAUUUCUCCCGGAAAACGGGAUCUCCCUGGCCGGGACCUGGCUCCUCCCCGGCCGGCUCAGCCCCGCUCUGAUUCGCGCUCGCUCGGGGCUGUUGAUCCUCGGCUCAGCUCUGCCCUAAAUUCCGAUGGAAGGGAGGGAACAGCCACCCAAAAUCCCUGGGAAAACGAGGAUAUUUCGGGCUGGGAAUGGGAAGAUUUUGGGCUGGAACUGGGGAGAUUUCAGGGUGGAAACAGGAAUAUUUCAGGCUGGAACAGGAAGAUUUGGGGCUGGAACUGGGGAGAUUUUGGGCUGGAACAGGAAGAUUUGGGGCUGAGAAUGAGAAUAUUUUGGGCUGGAACCGGGGUGGUUUGGGGCUGGGAAUGGGAAGAUUUCAGGGUGGAAACAGGAAGAUUUCAGGCUGGGAAUAGGAAGAUUUGGGGCUGGGAACAGGAAUAUUUGGGGCUGGAACUGGGGUGAUUUCAGGCUGGGAAUGGGAAGAUUUUGGGCUGGAACUGGGGAGAUUUUGGCUCUCUGGGCACACCUGCUUUGAAGCUGGGCUCUGCCACCUUUGGGGGGCUGCUCCUCGAGCCGAGGCUGUGCUGGAAUUCAGGAGAAUGAGGGAAAUCCAGGAAUUCUCCUGGGGGUUUCCCUUGGGAACCAACCAAAGCCCAAACCCCGGGGAGAAGGUGAGGCAUGGGGGGCAGCCCCCGGUGUGAGGUGGGGCGGUUCUGGGGGGCACCAGGCAGAGCCCCGGGGGUCAGAGCCGCGGGCUGGGCUCCCCGAGGAGCUGAUCCCUCCCUGCCCUGUCCCCACAGCUCGAGGGACAGCAUGGCUGCCACCGCUGCCGUCAGCCCCAGCGAGUACCUGCAGCCCGCCGCCGCCUCCGCCGCCCAGGACUCCCAGCCCUCUCCCCUGGCCCUGCUGGCAGCCACAUGCAGCAAGAUCGGUCCCCCCGCCGUGGAAGCCGCCGCCGCGCCGCCCGCGCCUCCCCAGCCCACCCCUCGCAAGCUGGUGCCCAUCAAACCCGCCCCGCUGCCCCUGGGCUCGGCCAAGAGCAGCAUCGGCAUCCUGUCCUCCAAGGGGAACCUCUUCCAGAUCCAGGGCUCCCAGGUGGGCACCUCCUACGCCGGGGGACAGCUGAUUUUCGCCAUCCAGAACGCGGCCGUGCUCAACAAAGGCUCGCGCUCCUCCUCCUCCUCCUCCUCCUCCUCCUCCUCCUCCUCCUCCUCCUCCAACAUCCAGUACCAGGCGGUGCAGCCCGCCGGGGCUCAGACCAUCCAGGUGCAGCCUAACCAGAUCCAGAUCAUCCCAGGCACCAACCAGGCCAUCCUCACUCCCUCCUCUUCCUCGCACAAGCCCGUGCCCAUCAAGCCGGCCCCGGCGCAGAAGGCGGGAGCGGGCGGCGUGGUCAAACUGCCCGGGGGUGCCAACGUCACCCUGACCCUGCCACCCGCCCUGGUGAGCCCCGAGGCGGGCGGGCAGGCCCAGCUGCUCACGGACAGCCCUUCCAAAGCGGGCAAAAAGCCCCGGAAAAAGGCCGGGUCCCCCGGGCAGCCCGCGGCCGUGGCCGUGGCCGAGCAGGUGGAGACGGUGCUGAUCGAGACCACGGCCGAGAACAUCAUCCAGGCCGGCAGCAACCUGCUGAUCGUGCAGAGCCCCGGCUCGGGGCAGCCCGCCGUGGUGCAGCAGGUGCAGGUGGUGCAGCCCAAGCAGGAGUCGCAGGUGGUGCAGAUCCCGCAGCAGGCGCUGCGCGUGGUGCAGGCGGCCUCGGCCACGCUGCCCACCGUGCCCCAGAAACCCUCCCAGAACUUCCAGAUCCAGGCGGCCGAGCCCACCCCCACCCAGGUGUACUUCAAGACCCCCUCGGGCGAGCUGCAGACCGUGCUGCUGCAGGACGCCUCGUCCAUCCCGUUGCCGUCCUGCGGCAGCCCCGGCACCCCCGGUACCGCCCCCGGCACCGCCCCCGGUACCGGCCCCGCCCGCCGGCCGGCCCCGCGCAAGGAGCGGCCGCUGCCCAAGAUCGCCCCGGCCGGGGGCAUCCUGAGCCUGAGCGCGGCACAGCUGGCAGCAGCUGCCCAGGCCAUGCAGACCAUCAACAUCAACGGCGUGCAGGUGCAGGGCGUGCCCGUCACCAUCACCAACAGCGCAGGCCAACAGCAGCUGACGGUGCAGAAUGUGUCCGGCAACAACGUGACCAUCAGCGGGCUGAGCCCCACCCAGAUCCAGCUGCAGAUGGAGCAGGCGCUCUCCGGGGACAUCCAGCCGGGCGAGAAGAGGAGGAGGAUGGCCUGCACCUGUCCCAACUGCAAGGACGGCGACAAGCGGCCGGGCGAUCCCGGGAAGAAGAAGCACAUCUGCCACAUCCCCGAGUGCGGGCGGACGUUCCGCAAGACGUCGCUGCUGCGGGCGCACGUGCGGCUGCACACGGGCGAGCGCCCCUUCGUCUGCAACUGGGUCUUCUGCGGCAAGCGCUUCACGCGCUCCGACGAGCUGCAGCGGCACGCGCGCACCCACACAGGUGACAAACGCUUCGAGUGCGCGCAGUGCCAGAAGCGCUUCAUGCGCUCCGACCACCUGACCAAGCACUACAAGACACACCUGGUCACCAAGAACUUGUAGGGCGGGGACAGCCCCGGGCCCGCAGCACUCCCGGAGGGACCUCGGGGACAGCCCCGGACCCGCAGCGCUCCCGGAGGGACCUCGGGGACAGCCCCGGGUCCGCAGCGCUCCCGGAGAGACCUCGGGGACAGCCCCGGACCCGCAGCGCUCCCGCAGAGACCUCGGGGACAGCCCC